UCUUAGGGCCUGCGGAUUUUGCGAAGGCAAGUUUUGCUGCACCGAUCCGCACUAACGAGGCGGGGGCUUUGUCUCAGCGGCCACAGCAACGGUAGUUUACUCCUAGUCCUCGUAUCGCCGUUGAAAAAAUCGGGAAACGAGAUCCGGAGUUGAGGUUCAGUGUAUCGAGUGCAUAGCUACAGAUUAGAGGGCCAUGAAUGAGGGUAUUAAGGGUAACCGGGGAUUAGGGACAGAGUGAACAACGGUGAUCUGCAGACUUUCCGUCAGGUCGUCAUUGCCACCGGAAGCCAACCUGGAAUCCGUGGCCACCAUGGCGACCAAGUUGGUAACUAAGUGUCUCUGUUACGAGCAUGUCGCCACGGCGUGAAGCUCAUGGGCGUAGUUUUCCAUGGGAUGCUGCCUGAUGGCGACUUAAGGGUGGAACGUGUCGCGGGGGUUGUUCAAUUCAAUUUGGCACUAUUCUAUGUGAUUGUUUAUAAGUUGACGUGCACGAGUGUGGAUUUGGAGUAAGUGUUGUACAUUGAUCAUUUUGUCGUUCGUGAGAGGUUGAGUAAGGGAGUGAGAGCGAGAGAGAGGGAGAGAGAGAGAGAGGGGAAGUGUGAAGUUAAAUUAUGGCGGCGAAAUCGGUGGAGAUGCGGGAGACGGAGUUGAAGCAGAUGGACUUGGAAAACUUGGAGGGGGAGUCGAAAUCAAAUGAAGGAGAUGAAGCAUUUGAGAGUGUGCCGGGUCCGCCUACGAAUCCUAUGGUGUCCGCUCUCUUGACAGACAUGUACCAAAUUUCCAUGGCGUAUGCGUACUGGAGAGCUGGAAAGCAUAAAGAUCGGGCAGUUUUUGAUUUGCUGCAUCGGAAGAAUCCAUUCGGGGGAGAGUAUACAGUGUUUGCUGGACUUGAAGAAUGUAUUCGGUUUGCUGCUAAUUUCAAGUUUACGGAUGAUGACAUCGAGUACCUCAAGGAUAUUAUGCCUCCUAAAUGUGAGGACGAGUUCUAUACGUUCUUGAAAAGCGUUGAUUGCUCUGAAGUCGAAAUAUAUGCCAUUCCAGAGGGCUCUGUGGUGUUUCCGCGAGUCCCCUUGAUACGUGUUGAAGGACCCUUACUGAUAGCACAAUUGCUAGAAACCACAUUUUUGACACUGGUCAACUAUGCCUCAUUAGUAGCCACCAAUGCCGCCAGGCAUCGUCGUGUUGCUGGAAAGGACAAAACGCUGCUAGAGUUUGGGUUGAGACGAGCACAGGGUCCAGAUGGGGGCAUCAGUGCAUCAAAGUAUUGUUACCUCGGAGGAUUCGAUGCCACUAGUAAUGUUGAUGCAGGACGAAGGUUUGGGAUUCCAGUUCGAGGAACACACUCGCAUGCAUUUGUUAGCUCUUUCACGAGUUUUGAUGAAAUUACAGAGAGGUCCCUUGAAUAUGCUAAGGGCGGGAGCAAAUGUGAGGACUUUGUUCGUUUGACACAAUUGUGGCUUAGCCGCAUGCAGGAAUCGUCUAGACUAAGAGAAUUUUUUCUUGAGACCAAUCACAGCGAGUUAGCAGCUUUCACUUCGUAUGCCCUGGCGUUCCCUACAGCGUUUCAAGCUCUUGUCGACACGUACGAUGUAAUAAGGAGCGGUGUUCCCAAUUUUUGUGCCGUAGCUCUUGCACUUCAUGACCUCGGAUACAAAGCUCUUGGGAUCAGGCUGGACUCUGGUGAUUUAUCGUAUUUUUCUAUUGAGACACGGCGUAUUUUUCGGAUUAUUGAGGAAGAGUUCAAUGUCUCUGGAUUUGGGAAACUAGUCAUUGUAGCUAGUAGUGACAUCAACGAGGGAACUUUAGAUGCUUUGAACAAACAGACUCAUGAAAUUGAUGCGUUCGGGAUUGGCACACAUUUAGUUACGUGCUUCUCACAACCAGCACUUGGUUGUGUAUACAAGCUGGUUGAAAUCAGAGGACAACCAAGGAUGAAACUUUCGGAAGAUUUAACCAAGGUGACGAUUCCAUGCAAGAAACAACCGUUUAGGUUGUAUGGAAAAGAAGGAGUUGCUUUGGUGGAUCUCCUUAUUGGAGAAAGUGAACCUAAUCCCAAGCCUGGUGAGCGGAUUUUGUGCCGCCAUCCUUUCAGUGAAUCAAAGCGAGCAUACGUUGUGCCUACUCGUGUUGAGCCUCUCUAUAAGUGCUACUGGAAUGGCUUACGUGGGAAAAGAGAGCGCUUACCUUCCUUGGUAGAGCUUAGAAAACGUUGUUCGCAACAACUAGAUGCAAUGCGCACAGACCACAUGCGAUCACUUAAUCCUACCCCUUAUAAGGUGAGCGUGAGUGUGAAGCUGUAUGAUUUUAUCCACUUCUUGUGGUUAAAUGAGGCUCCUGUCGGUGAGUUGCAGUAACGAAAUAACGAAGCUACUAGUUAACCCCUAAUACACUUGGUGCCUUUUGUUCAAUAGUGUAAAAACUUUGAGACUAGAUAGCUUCUUGGUUUAACUUUUUUACGUUUUACUGUACUAAAUUGUAGUGAAGGAAUUGUUUUCAAAUAUAUAUUGUGCCAGAGCACAUUUACCUUGUAACAAGUUUUGCUCAAUAAUUGUUUUAAAACCUAUUAUACAUGUGCAUUA